CUUGAUCAGCUAGCAAUAGCAUUGACAUCUCCAGCCAUCUGUUUCUCUUCCACUCACUCUCUCUCUCUCUCCUCUCCUCUCUGAGUGUGUGUAGACUGUAGAGAAUAGAGAUGGCAAUGGAGAUGGCUCUUAGAGCUUCAGCCUCCUCUUCUAAACCCACUCUUCCAUCUUCUUCCUCUCAAAAAACCCUUUUUUCUAAACAAAACUCAAAAUUCCAACUGAAACCUGCUCAAGUUCAGUUGUUUUCCACAUCAACUUCUCUCUCUCUUUUGACUCUCUUUACUACUCCUGAAGCAAAAGCUGUUGCCCUCCCUAAAGAACAAUUAGUUACUUCUCUUACUCAAGUGGAGCAAACACUUGAUCAAGUUCAGCAAGUGGGUUCGGAUGUUUUUGACUCUGCGCAGAAGGUUUUCCAGGUUGUGGCAGGUGCUUUGAAGCCUGGCAUUGAUGCGGCCGCUCCAAUUGUGCAGCAGGCUGGAGAGGAGGCAUUGAAAGCCGCAUCUCCGUUGUUUUCUGAGGCAUCGAAGAAGGCCCAGGAAGCAAUGCAGAGCUCUGGCAUCAGUUCCGAUACCGUCGCUACUGCUGCUAAGACUGUAACAAGUGCUGCAGAACAGACAACAAAAGUGAUUCAAGAUGUCAGGCCCAUAGCAUCUUCAACAGUUGAAACCAUUUCAAACUCAGACCCAGCUCUACUCGUUGAAGGUGCUGCUGCAUUGUUCGUCGCAUCUCUCCUCCUUCCUCGAGUCUUGUCUGCUGUUUCAUUCAGCAUUCGUGGAUACAAAGGUGGACUUACUCCUGCUCAAACCUUGGACAUGCUAUGUACACAGAACUACUACAUGAUUGAUAUUAGAUCGGAAAAGGACAAAAACAAGGCUGGCAUUCCCCAGCUUCCCCCAAGUGCUAAAAGUCGGAUGAUUGCAAUUCCGUUAGAAGAACUACCAAGCAAGAUAAGAAACCUUGUUAGGAGCUCAAAGAAGGUAGAAGCCGAGAUAGCUGCUUUGAAGAUAUCAUAUCUCAAGCGACUAUCAAAGAGCACCAACAUCGUGAUCAUGGACUCGUACUCAGACUCUGCAAAAAUAGUUGCAAGGACUUUGACAAGCUUGGGAUUCAAAAACAGUUGGAUCAUGACAGAUGGUUUCUCUGGAGGCAAGGGUUGGUCGCAAAGCCGCUUGGGUACUGAGUCAUAUAAUAUGUCUCUUGCGGAGAUACUUUCACCAUCACGUAUUAUUCGUGGUGGUACAGGGCGUUUUGGCACGACGAGUUCUACUGUACAAAUUGGUAGAAAACUGCUUCCAGAAUGAUGCACAUGGUAUCAGUUUCUGUAAUUCCAUCGAGUCUUGUGUAAAAAGACUAAUAUCCUAGCAAGAGAUUUCAAGAAAAUGUUUGAUAAAAGAGAUAGAGAUAGAGUGAUAGAGAGAAAAACUGCGAGAAAUAUAUAUAGAGAGAGAUAAGCAGAUUGAGAGAGGAGGAAAAGGAUAUUAUUUCAUUUCAUGAUUAUUACAUUAGUUAGCUUUCGUAUUUAUAGCUGAGUUUGUAACAGAAUAACAAACUAAUAACAAACUCUAACUGAUUACAUUUUCCUGCCAAAGUAUAACUAAAUAAGCUAACUGUAUUUUAUCCUUUAACAAUAUAUUACAAUAGAUGUUUGUA